CCCGAACGCGGUGAUAAACCAUUUCAGUGGUAUCUUGACGAACUUGACUUGGGGUUUCAGCGCUUUCUUAAUACUCAAUUGCGGCAUUAUUGUUUCCCAUGGUUGGACAAACUUCCGGGUGACCUGCUUCUAUUACAAUAUAUAAGCGACAAAUCUGCAAAAAUGAUCGAGUAUUUUGAUGAAGUUUUUAAGCAGAGGGAGAUGGUUGCCCUACAAGGAUCACGGGAUUGCUUGUUAUAUUUCUUCUUAUCCGAGGACUCCCCCUUGGCACGUGACGAGAUUUGGAAAUGUCAUCACGACCUCAUGGCGGCGUGGAGCGAAACGUCGGCUACCACAAUGAACUGGAUGAUACUGUUUCUAGCUCUGAAGUUCAGGCCAAAUUACACGCCGAGAUUACGCGAACGAUCGGUAAACAGUUAUUUGCGAUACGUGACCGUUCCGAAAUUCCAUACGUGGAAGCUGUGAUACUGGAAACUUUGCGGAUUGGAAGCAACGUGCCUUUGGCCGUGACUCAUUUUGUGAAUGAAGAUGUGUCAUUUAGAGGUUUCUUAAUACCCAACGGCACAACUAUCAUCGCAAAUGUAACCUCCGUGCACCACGAUCCAUCAGUGUUUCCAGAUCCUUUUGCAUUCAGGCCAGAGCGUUUCCUCGAUGACUCCGGGCGUAUUUUGCAAGCAUCGGAGCAAGUGAUCCCGUUUUCUAUGGGUCAAAUGUCGUGUAUAGGGGAAUCCAUCGCACGCAUCGAACUGUUCCUGUAUGUGACAAGGAUUGUACAAAACGUGGAGUUCAAAUUACCUGCUGGUUGCAAAAGGACAACACUUAAUGGUGUUUUCGGAAUAACGUACAGACCUGAGGACUAUAAUGUAGAUAUUGCGAAGAGGAAUUUGAAGAUCUAAACUUUGAGUAAAGCACAGUCAAUUCAAAGGUGACGUUAUUUGAUAGGAACCAUAUUGGAAGAAGUCCGGCAACAUUUGGCAUGUCUAUGGAAUGAAAAUGGUGUUGGUCCGUAUUCCGUAUUUUGUUGAAUUUUCAAAUGAGCACAGUAAGAUAUUUAAUCCGAAACACGUUUAAUAAUUUCAAUCUUAACCCGACGUUAACAAAUGCAAGUUCAAAUAAACAGUGCUCUUGUAUUUCUUGUUGAUCAUUUGCCCUAAUAAAAGAGCGCUAAAAUUAUGCUACAUUUAUACAACGGCACGCCAUCAGCAUGGGAAGAGUUGGUGUUGCGAUUUUUUUAUACAAACUUUAUAGCGCGGAGAACAUUUAGAAUUUGUUGCAAAACACGCUUAGCAGAUCUUCUGACUGCAGUGUAGACUACGAUGUUUUGACAAAAGCUAUCUAUACACAUGUGCGAUUGCAACUCUUUGCCGGUGUACUAUUCCAUAGUUACCGACAAUAAAUUGUUCUGAAUCUC